AUGACAGAGAUUAAUGAAGAUCCAGAAAUGGUAGAUCAUCCUCAUAAUCAGGACAAUCAUCCCCAUCCCCACCACCAUCAUCACCAAGUUGAAGGAGCGAAGUUUAUUAUAGAAGAUAGUCUGUAUUCAAGCUCAUCUUCAAGUGCUGAACAAGUAGGGACAUCAUCAACGCUGAAGUCACAACAACAACAGAAGAAACAAAAACAUAAACAUAAACAUCUGACUACAAAACAGAAACCUAGUCAUAUGCGACCAUUUCAUAGAUCAAAUCAUGAUUCCAAUACUGACCAUGGAGAAAGCGAUGAUAAAUGUCAUAAGUUUGUCAAGAGAGCAUUGAAUAAAUUAUCAUUAUCACCAUGUUCACAACCCACCAAUUUCACUCCUACAAGUUUAAGUAAUUCAAUAAUUUCAACCACUUCAAGUUCAAGUGAUAUUUUUGAACGAUCAUUAGAGAAUAAUUAUGAAAAGAUAUUCUUAACCAAUCCAGAAAUUCCAUCUCAUUAUAAUUUAGAAAAUUAUACUAGUCCAAUCUUGGAUACAACCACGGAGAUAUUAACUAAUCCCAAGAUUAACCUUGAUCAAGUUAAAUUGAAUUGUUUUUGUGAUGAAGAAGAUGAUGAAGAAGGAUAUAUUGAUGUAGAUAUGUCUUCUGAACCAAGUAUGGAUGCUAAUGAAUCUCAUUCUCCCUUGUCUCCAAAUGCUUCAUUAGCUUCAUCUGGUCUACUGUAUUACAAAAUGCAACAUGUUCCGGCGUCUGGUGGUUCUGUCGCUCCCGUCUCUAUUGAAUCAACGCUAGUACAACCUGGUAGUAGUAGUGAUAUUCAUCAUAGUGGUAGUUUUAGAGAACAACCACGUCCAAGAGCAAGAAGUAUCAUUUCACAAACAUUGAUAUCAACUUUGGAUAAUUCUCAUCGAACAAGAAUGGCAACUUCAUUAUCCACAAGUGCGGCCGCAACAAUGGGUGGUCAUGGUAAUAAUCAUAAUCUUGAUCUUGAACGUCGUGCUACAGCACCUGGAGGUCAUAUGAGACAUCAUUUCUUGACUAAGAGUUUUACACAACAACAUCAACCACAAUUGCCAAUCUCGACAAAAUUAACCAAACGAUCAUUUAGUUUUGCUGGUAAUACUAAACAUUCAAGAAAUAAAUUUAUUGAUGAUGGGAAUUCACCCACGAUUGAAUUUUAUUCAUUUGCUGAUAUGAUAAAUCAUGAAGAUUUAUAUAAUAAUUUACAUGGAGAUGAAGAACAACCGACUGAUGAAGAUUAUUAUAAUGAUGAUAAUGACAAUGAUGAUGAAGAAACAGAGACUGGAGGAGAUAUGUUGGAGCCUAGAAAGAGUAACAAUGCUAGACCUUCUAUUAGAAGUGGAAGUGAGGUUGGUACUAAUUCUGGUGGUGGUAAUAUGAUACAACAACCACCGUUUAGAAGAAGUAGUUAUACUACAAUUAGUGCAAAAGAUUAUAUUGGAGUUUUAUAA